AACUGAACCCGGAAGUGCGAUUUGAACAGCACAGUGUGUGUGUGUGUGUGAGUGUGUGUGUGUGUGUGAUGUCUGAGAGUUAAGCUGAACCAUAUGGAGUUCACUGUGUGGAAUAAAGUUUUAAUCUUCCUCCUGUUUCACUUCCUGGAUUUAACACUCUGCUCUGAGCAGGAUACCGGCGGCUGGGGACUGGACUCCAGUCUUGCUGAUGAAGGGAUCUGCAACAUCGACAUCAGAGACGCCACAACGAUCACACACACACAGUUUCUACAGGAAUACGCCUACGCUAAGCCUGUAAUACUAAGAGGAGUUACAGACAACACAAAAUUCCGCUUCCUGUGUUCCAAGCCGAGUCUGCUGAGGGAGUACAGGGACAAAACAGUCCGCCUGAGCACGGCCAACACACACUCCUACAGGAAAGUGGACGUGCGGUUUGAAGAGUUCGUGACGUCGCUGUUGACCCCUCAGUCUGAAGACAUCUUGGGCAGCGAUACGCUCUACUUCUUUGGUGAUAAUAACUUCACUGAGUGGCAUUCUCUGUUUGAGAAGUACAACGCUCCGCCUUACAGCCUGCCACACACCAGUCCAGCGUACAGCUUCGGCAUCGCAGGUCCAGGUACCGGUGUUCCCUUCCACUGGCACGGUCCGGGAUACUCAGAGGUCAUCUACGGCAGAAAGCGUUGGUUCCUGUAUCCUCCUGAUCAGGCCCCGGAGUUCCACCCCAAUCACACCACCCUGUCAUGGAUCACACACUCGUACCCUAAUCUGGAGGAACACAACACACCGCUGGAGUGUACCAUCAGACCAGGAGAGGUGCUGUAUUUCCCAGAUCGAUGGUGGCAUGCUACUCUGAACCUAGACACCAGUGUUUUCAUCUCCACUUUCCUGGGCUGAACACUAACCAUCUUCAACAUCAUCAUCAUCAUCAACAUUCCAAAAGAACCAAUCAGAACUCUUCACAUAGUGACAUCAUUUCUGGGGCACUAAUCACAUUGUGGCAGGAUUUCUCAUGCACCAAUCAGCUUCUCAUUCAGUGACACUGGACCAACAAAAGGACCAAUCAUGAUCGUUCUGUCGAGUGGACAAACGGACCAGUCACAUCUCCUUAUCUAGUGACAUCAUAAUCCCAAGAGGACCAAUCAGAUCGGACUAAUAAUUAUUCCUACCGAGCUGAAAUAGACAUGAUUUGAAUAAAUUCAUCUUUUUUUAUCUGAAA